AUGACACUUAAGCGUCAGGCACGACUACGCAGAGAAUUCAUCUAUCGACGCUCCAUUGAAGCUCGUGAUGAGGCCCGAAAGCAGAAGAGGCAACUUAUUAAAGCUAGUUUAGCGGAAGGGCGAAAACUCCCCAAGGAAAUCGCUGACGAGGCGCUGGCCUUGAAUGAAGACCUGGAUUGGAGCGAUGAUGGUGGUGAGGGUGAUCUUAGGGCAGAGGACGAUGAAUACUACUGGGCGGGCACAGAGGAUCCUCGAGUUGUUGUCACCACAUCUAGGUCCCCCAGCUCAAAACUCCAGGAAUUCUCCAAGGAAUUGCGUCACCUCAUUCCCAACGCCACUAAAAUUAAUCGAGGUAACUAUCUGACAAAGGACCUAAUGGAUGCGUGCAUGGCUCGACAGGCAAGUGAAUCUUGUGGUUUUGAAUAUGCCAUUCUUUCCAAAGCAGCUGGAAGGGUCCGCAUAAUCGGGCAUAAAACCAAUGCUGAAAGUCUCAUUCUUACCUCUGCUUGGCAGAUAACUGAUAUGAUUGUGAUAAACGAGACCCGUGGCGUUCCGGAUACUCUGAUAGUAAGUCACUUGCCCUUCGGUCCAACAGCCAAGUUCACCCUCUUCAAUGUGCUUAUGCGCCACGAUUUUGAAGAGAAGGGGCGUGGAAGUGGGGCCAAGUGUCCCCAGGCCUAUCCCCAGCAUCUCUUCCACGGCCUUAACACGGCUUUGGGCAGACGGGUGCGUUGCAUCCUCAAACACCUCUUUCCCGUGCCCAAGGAGGAGACGAAACGGGUAGUGGUGUGGUAUGAGGAUGAAGAUAUCAUCCGAUUCAGGCAUCACACUUACAAGUACGUUAACAGGGAAUUGGAGGUUGAGGAACACGGGCCCCGCUUCGACAUGCGCUUGUACAAAAUCUGGCGAGGGCCACUGCACGAGGAGGACACAGCGGAGGUGGAGUGGGUGUUCCGACCCUACAUGAACACUGCCUAUAAGCGGCGCUUUCUCUCCACCGAGGAGGAUGAGGAAUCAGAAGCCGGCGGGACUGGUGGAGGGAAGAGACUCAAGGCGCUGUGA